AUUGAUCUACAGUUCCACCGAUCUAUCGAUCCAUCGAUCUACCGAUCUACUGAUGUAUUAAUCUACAGUUCCACCGAUCUAUCGAGCCAUCGAUCUACAGAUCUUCUGAUCCAUUGAUUCACAGAUCUAGCGAUCUAUCGAUCCAAGGAUCCAUAGAUCCCCUUAUCCAUUGAUCUACAGAUCCAGCGAUCUAGCGAUCUACUGAUCCAUCGAUUUACAGAUCUUCUGAUCCAUUGAUUAACAGAUGUACCGAUCUAUCGAUCUAAGGAUCUAUAGAUCUACUGAUCCAUCGAUCUACUGAUCCAUUGAUCUAGCGAUCUACUGAUCCGUAGAUCCUCGGAUCUACUGAUCUACAGAUCCAAGGAUCUAGCGAUCUAUCGAUCUACAGAUCUACUGAUCCAUUGAUCUACAGAUCCAGCGAUCUAGCGAUCUACCGGUCCACUGAUUCAUUGAUCUAGCGAUCUACCGAUCCAUAGAUCUACGGAUCUACUGAUCUAUUGAUCUACAGAUCCAAGGAUCUAGCGAUCUAUCGAUCUACAGAUAUACUGAUCUACGGAUCCACCGAUCUACUGAUCCAAUGAUCUACAGAUCCAGCGAUCUACCGAUCUACUGAUCCAUUGAUCUAGCGAUCUACCGAUCCAUAGAUCUACAGAUAUACUGAUCUAUUUAUCUACAAUUCCACCGAUCUAUCGAUCCAUUGAUCUAGAGAUCUACUGAUCCCUUGUUCCACAGAUCUAGCGAUCUAUCGAUCCAAAGAUCUAUAGAUCUACUGAUCCAUUGAACUAUAGAUCUUCUGAUACAUUGAUCUACAGAUCCACCAAUCUAGCGAUCUAGCGAUCCACCGAUCUACUGCUCUAUUGAUCUACAGAUCCAACGAUCUAUGCGAUCUAUCGAUCUACAGAUCUACUGAUCCACUGAUUUACAGAUCCAUCGAUGUAGCGAUCCAUCGAUCUACCGAUCUACCAAUCCAUUAAUAUACCGAUCGAUCCAUGUAUAGAUCCACUAAUCCAUUGAUCUACAGAUCUAGCGAUCUACCGCCCCAUUGAUCUUUAGAUACACCGAUCCACUGAUCUACAGUUCUAGCGAUCUAGCGAUCCAUUUAUCUACAGAUCCACCGAUGUAGCGAUAUAGUAAUCUAUCGAUCUCUGGAUCUAGCUAUCUACCGAUCCAUAGGGUACCAUAGAUUUAGAGAUCUACUGAUCCACCGAUCUAGCGAUCCAUCGAUCUACAGAUCUACUGAUCCAUUGAUCCACAGAUCUAGCGAUCUAUCGAUCCAUGGAUCUCUAGAUCCACUGAUCCAUUCAUCUAUAGAUCUAGCCGUAUACCUAUCCAUGGAUCUAUAG